UUUCUUUCAUUUGCCCGGUAACAAUCUCGCAGCAGGAAAAAAAAAAGAGCAAAAAUGGCAACUGGGUUGCUCAAGAGAGGAGCCAUUUCAACGGCUAAGAUCUCAUCAUUAACCUCAAGAUUUAUACCAUCUCGCCUCCAAGCCACGGCGGCGGCGGCGGUGGCAGAAGCCAAACCAGUUGAGCAGCCAACAAACCCUACUCAACCACAACAUCUGAAAACAUUCCAAAUCUACCGAUGGAACCCAGACAACCCAACCAAACCAGAGCUCCAAAACUACGAAGUAGACCUGAACAAGUGCGGUCCGAUGGUGCUAGAUGCUUUGAUCAAGAUAAAAAACGAGAUCGACCCAACGCUGACAUUUCGUCGAUCAUGUCGUGAAGGAAUUUGUGGGUCCUGUGCAAUGAAUAUGGAUGGGUGUAAUGGGCUUGCUUGCUUGACAAAGAUUGAUAAGUCUGGACCGCCUAGUAUGAUCAAUCCGUUGCCACACAUGUUUGUGAUCAAAGAUCUGGUUGUGGAUAUGACUAAUUUUUAUAAUCAGUAUAAGAGUAUUGAGCCUUGGUUGAAGAGGAAGAAUCCACCACCUGUUAAAGGGAAGGAGAUUCUGCAGACUAAGAAAGAUAGGGCUAAGCUUGAUGGGAUGUACGAGUGUAUUUUGUGUGCUUGUUGUAGUACUUCUUGCCCUAGCUAUUGGUGGAAUCCUGAGUCUUAUUUGGGCCCUGCUGCUUUGCUUCAUGCUAAUAGGUGGAUCAUGGAUAGCCGUGAUGAAUAUACCAAGGAGCGCCUGGACGCAGUCAAUGAUGAGUUUAAGCUCUAUCGUUGCCAUACCAUAUUGAAUUGUGCCCGUGCCUGCCCCAAGGGAUUGAACCCUGGGAAGCAGAUUCAAAAUAUCAAGAAGCUUGAGCGGAGCUAGGAGGUGGUGCAUAAGUGUCCUGAUUGAAGAAGCUUGAGGAUGUGCGCAUCUGACCAAGUUAUUCUGAAAUAUUCUUCUAGGGACCGAUAAACAUUGUGCUUUGAUUAAUAAAGAUAUGCACUAAUUGUAUUGUUCAUUUUUGCGUUUAUACUUGGAAUGAAGCGUGUUGUCUGUCUCUUAAAAUAAAUGUCUUUAGAACGUCUUGGUUUUAUGUAUGGGUCUAUUGAUUUCAAUUUUGUUAAGCUCUGUGCAACAGAUGGCUUUUAUUUGGCAAAUCAAGUGUUCAUUGCUUGGCUUGUUA